GUCAGGCGGUCUCUGCCUUCUGCUAGCGACACGGAGAGGCCACCUCAGUGAUCCAAGUGCCAAGGUGUAGUGAUGGGUUCUCGCAAAAUGUUCGCCCUCGGGUUUUUAAUCCUCGUCGAAAUAUCGGCGAUAAUCUGCGGAGAUGUCGCACCCGUCUUGAUAUGCGGCGGGGAUGCAGCGGACCGUUUGGAGCCAGCAAAUCCACUGCUAAAAACCUCCCAGACCGAGUUCACCGAGAUCCUGGCAAACAAGGUGGGCGGGUCCCGGAGUCCCAUGGUCGUUUUUGAACAGGAGAACUUCUGCGUCGAAGAUAUAACUCGCAACAAGCAUCAGCUGAGCGGGUUGGGACUGUGCGAUUAUUUGUCAGCCGUCGAGGCUCCGCUCUCAUCCUUGGAAGACCUCGACGGUUACAACGUCUCCAGGGAGGAGAAGCCCGAGACCAUCGAAGACGGUCAGGCCGUCAUCGUAUCAAUUUCAGAGCUAUCGACAGUCCCUGAGUUGUACAGGAAUCUCGUCGCCAACAACCCAAACCUGAUCGCCAUCCUGACCGGUGUCUCGUGUAGCUACAACCGAUUGGAGAGAACUCGCCGAGCCGUUACAACCAGGAACGACACUGACGCUAUUCUGUUCUAUGCCGAUAGGAUACUCUUUUAUUCCCCGAGUGGAAUUUACGCCAAGACUGGCAGUAACGACUAUUCUUUACUUGGAACACCAAGUAAUACUUCGACUGUCGAAAAUGGAACAACUCAGAUUCGUCUCGACAUGGUUUUCGAUACAGUAACGUUACGCAUACAAUUCACCAAAAAAUGGGCUGGAUACUGGUACUUCGAACAUGUCAUAUACGAGAAUGACACGGCGACCGAAACGCUGACCAGUGAUUCAGCGAUAUACUUUCCGACCGGUUUCUCUUACCAUUGCUCGUUGAAAUCUGUCUUUUACUCCAACACGACAUAUGUCAAUAUUACCGAUAUCCAGGUACAAAUCGACCCGACUUUAAGUAAUAACAAUAGCACAGUUGUGUUCAGCGAUGGGUAUGACUGCGUCGGUUUUACCACAAUUCCAAUUUGGAGUGGAAUUUUUGUCACUGCUAUUAUGGCUUUAAUUAUGAUCUGGGGAUUGACUAUGAUAUUGGACAUUCGUACCAUGGAUCGCUUUGACGAUCCCAAGGGAAAAACUAUCACAGUCGGAUCGGCCGAGUAAGAACAUUCGCUUCAGUAUGUUCUAAAAUGUAAAUAUAGAUACUUUUUUGUGAUUAAGUCGAGUCAAGAACCGGAAAAUCAAUGAACAAAGAGCGUUUUCCUCAUGUAUAGAAGUUGAUUUCUUAACAGUCAAUUUGACAUCAAACACUGGCGUAUAAUAUACAUGAGAAAGGUGUUAGGAGUAUGUCGAACAUUGUACAUUUUUAGUAGGGUGGCAGUAUCUUGAGCUUUAUUUGUAAUUUUCGGUUUAGCCAUAAAUUUUUUCUCGUUCAACCGACAAACUUUUACUGAAGAAAAAAUGUUUCAAUAUCGCUGGGUAUAUUUCAAAGUGUAUAAUUCAAUCCAGUAAAUCGUCUAUCGUUGUUAAUUUAAUAGACAACGAUAGAAUUUGUUGGAGAAUAAAUUUUGUUUUCUACCAAUAUUGAUGAAAAUUAUUAACUCAAUUUGUCGCAAAGCCAGAUACACUUGUAUAAAAGAAAUUACACGAGAUUGAUCGUAUUUACCUAUUUUUUAUUCAAUGGCAGGGUUGAAAAAAAAUGAAACGUAAAGAUUGUGCCACUCGGGUGUAUAGUUUACUAGUAAUCUUCUGUUCCCUAACGAUAAAUUCAUAUAAUGUACAUGAAUUGAUCCUACAUAUAAAGUAAUUUAGAAAUGUAAUUCAUCGAUGCUAGAGUUUUUUGGUACAAAGGUGCCAAAGUUUAAGCAUAGCCUAGUACCAACUCCAUAAUUUCCCUCAUCCUUGUGCGAAAUUUGUGAAAUAAAUAGUAAAUUAAUUGCGGUGGCGGUUCUUAGAUGAAAUGGAGAACUUUGUUCCACCAGAUAAUAAUAGAUAAUACAUAGCGGUAAAUAAGUUAUUUCAUUUCGCUGUCUUGUUUAACAUCAAAACGCGGCAUAUUUAUAGCUUUCAACUGACAGUUCUGGGCAUGAAUAUGUAAAGAUGCGACCCUGUGACUGUUUGGUCACUAGUCCGAUCCGCAUUUCCCAAAAAUAUGCAUAAAGUCGUUUUCUUGAUUACUCACCUACUAGAAUUUAUUUGGCAACUGCCACAUUAUAGUCAUAUUAUACAUAUACUGGUAUCAACAUUCAUUCCAUUGUCACACCUAGAAUUACAUUUUACAGUAUUAAGUGUGAACAUAAAUUUCCCAUAUGUAUGCGCAUACUGUCGAUUAUCCAAUAACAAUGAAUAAAUUAACGGUGUAGACCUUUCA